AUGCCUUCUGCUUCACAGUGGUAUUCUUUUGAAUAUAAUCUAUCCCACUUCGGAGGUCCUCUACUAAUAGGCAUUGGCAGUGUUAGCUGUAUAUUGAACAUACUUGUAUUCACAAAAAGUAGUUUAGGGAAAAAUUCGUGCACAAUAUGUCUCACAACUGUCAAUAUUAUCAAUCUCUUAUUCCUCUAUUUUGGUUUACUUUCGACGGUGUUAGACAUUGGUUACAAUAUUAACCCUAGUUCGACCAGUAUAAUCUUUUGUCGAUUUCGGUUUUACAUGGCUACACUUUUGUCAUGUUGUCAAUCGUCUUGCCUUGUUUUAGCUUCGAUCGAUCGUACGUUGAUCACAUCAUCUCAUGCAUCAUGGCGAAAACGUAGUACACCUCGCUUAAUGAUUACGAGCAUAAUCAGUAUAUGUUCAUUUUGGGCUAUAUUUCAUAUUCAUGUAUGGAUCUUUACACAAAUUCUAGAAUACAAGCCUAAUUAUUUCAUGUGUUAUCACCAACCAGGCGCAUACACUGUAUUCAUUAGUUAUUAUUCACUUCUAACCAACGGAAUUGUACCGCCAGUAUUCUUCGCCAUAUUCGGAUGUUGGACAGUGAUGAACAUUCGUCAAGCGCGUAGUAUAAAGCAACGAUUAUCUAUGGUACCGACUGGUGUUGCUACGAUUGGUAGGCUGCAUAAUCUUCGAUCUCAAGAUCAACAACUCAUUCGGAUGUUACUCGUUGAUAUUAUUAUAUACAUUAUUUGUAAGUUGCCAGUGGUGAUCUUGUAUAUGUAUGCACAGAUUACACAAUAUGCAGAGAAAAGUGAAGAGCAGCACACAAUAGAACAAGCAAUCUUGCAAUUCGCAUAUUUUGUGUUUUUCAUUGAAAAUAGUAUCGGUUGUUAUACGAAUCUCUUAGUAUCGAAGAGGUUUCGUAAAGAACUUCUGCGUCUUCUUACAAAAACGCGAUAA